GAAGAAAACUUACAAUAUGGAUUCAAAAAGAAAGAACCAAGAACUUAGCACAUCAGAAACCGCAGAUCCCUCUCUCUCAAAGACGAAUAAAAAGCAAAAGAUUGAUAUGCAAGAAGCGAUGAAGAACCAAAACGAGGUUUCUCUGUUACUUGUGGGGAAAGUAAUCUCUGCCGUAGCCAAAAACUCAAACUGUGUCUUCUCUCCGGCAUCCAUCAACGCCGUUCUCACCGUGACCGCUGCCAACACCGACAACAAAACAUUAAGAUCUUUCAUCCUCUCUUUUCUUAAGUCUUCUUCUACCGAAGAGACCAACGCCAUCUUCCACGAACUCGCUUCCGUCGUCUUCAAAGACGGAAGUGAAACAGGCGGGCCCAAAAUUGCGGCGGUUAAUGGAGUGUGGAUGGAGCAAUCGCUUUCGUGUAACCCCGACUGGGAAGAUCUGUUUCUGAACUUCUUCAAGGCUAGUUUCGCUAAAGUUGAUUUCCGACACAAGGCUGAAGAAGUGCGUCUGGACGUAAAUACGUGGGCUUCACGUCACACCAAUGAUCUCAUCAAAGAAAUUCUUCCUCGUGGAUCUGUUACAAGCCUAACUAAUUGGAUAUAUGGAAACGCCUUGUACUUCAAGGGAGCUUGGGAAAAGGCAUUCGAUAAGUCCAUGACAAGAGAUAAACCAUUUCACCUUCUCAAUGGCAAAUCAGUCUCUGUGCCUUUCAUGAGAAGCUAUGAGAAACAAUUCAUAGAGGCUUAUGAUGGUUUCAAAGUCCUACGCCUUCCUUAUCGACAAGGACGUGAUGAUACCAACCGCGAGUUUUCGAUGUAUCUCUAUCUCCCUGACAAGAAAGGUGAACUGGAUAAUCUUUUGGAGAGAAUAACAUCUAAUCCUGGAUUCUUGGAUAGUCAUAUUCCGGAAUACCGCGUUGAUGUUGGUGAUUUCAGAAUUCCAAAAUUUAAGAUCGAAUUCGGGUUUGAAGCUUCAAGUGUUUUUAAUGACUUUGAGCUUAAUGUGUCAUUACACCAGAAAGCUUUGAUUGAGAUCGAUGAAGAAGGUACUGAAGCUGCGGCUGCUACUACUGUUGUAGUAGUAACCGGCAGCUGUUUGUGGGAGCCGAAGAAGAAGAUAGAUUUUGUGGCAGAUCAUCCAUUUCUCUUUUUGAUUAGAGAAGACAAAACCGGAACUCUUUUGUUCGCUGGUCAAAUCUUCGAUCCUUCUGAACUUUCUUCUGCGUUGGACCGGGCUUAACCGGAUAAGGGUUUGGUAUUUUAGAUUUAGUUCUUUUUAUAAUUUUGGACUAUAUUUUGAUCAAACAAAGUUUGUUGGGUUUAGGGGUUUAAUUUGAUUCUGGUUGGUUAAAGUUUUUGGAAAAUGUUUAAUGGAUAGAAUCGAGAUCAAACAAAUUUUGUUGGGUUUAGGGGUUUAACUAGAUUGGCGAUUGCUACUGAUGUCGUUAUUGAUGGAAUGAUUUAAAUAAACAAUUUAAAUAAAUAAUUUAAAUUUCUCA